AUGGCUGCCCUGUUCAUGUUGUUUACCAUCCUUGACAUCCGACCCCCACCAGAGCCACCUGUUCCAACCCUCUAUCCAUCACCAUUUCCCACCCUUUCUCCACCACUGCCACCGCCACCACCACCGCCAACGUCUACGUUUUCUCCACUCCCACCUUUUCCCCAGUUGCCCCCUUUCACUCCAUCAACCACACGGUCACCACCAAGACCAGGUCAACAAGAACUCAUCAAAUGGUUGCGGUUCGUUGCUAUGUAUAUCUUGGCUCCAACAACCAUCAUCACAACGAUUGCUCUCAUUGCUAAAUAUAUCCGGCCUCAGCCGCCGCCAGUAAGCGUAUUCGAUAUACCGGAGCGUGUGAGCUUUGCAAUAAAUUGCACUGAUGAGAGUUUGCCUAUAGAAUGGUGUAAAUUGCGGCAGUUGAUGGGAUUGGAGGAGUGCGAUGCGAAAGCUGUAGUGUCUAGGGAUUGUUGUACCUGA